AUGUCACAUAAGACGUCACACUGGCAAACAUUCGUCCACUAUUCCAUUUUUCCAUUUGUCUAUCUAUACACACUCUCAUCCAAUCUCGCGGUCUCGUUCGCCCGUUGCAAGUUCCAUAUUUCCGUUUGCCAAGUCGACCACUCUUCCAGGCUAGUACACUCCAACACCUCAGCCCGCUAUUCCUCCACUCUUCCAUUUGCCCACUACUCCAGUGCCUAUUCAUACACUCAUCCACUUGUCUAUUUGUCCACUCGCUUAGUCAUUCACUUGUUGUCGACUUCCAAUCUUCUGCCCUUCCACUCCACUCUGCUACACUUUCACACUUCACCUCUUCAUCCAUUCGAUUCUCCACUCGUCCACUCAUCCAUUCAUCCACUCGUCCAUUCACACAUUCGUCUAUUCCUCCACUCGUUGUGCACAAUUAUGCCUCAAUGUCUGGGUUCAUUGCCGCCUCCGGCAGACAAUUUGAUACCCAAAGCCAGUGUUUCUCUGACUUGGCAGCUCUUAGAAGUCCUACCGACGACCGUCUCAGUGUGGCAUCGCGAAAUCUGGCAACGGGGCCAGUCUUCUGACGUGACGACGCCCCUGACUGCCCUAAGGGGACGUACCAGACGGCCGUUAUUGCCGCACUCGCUUCUCCUCUCACGCACUUUGCCCUCGAUUGUGAUUGUCUUGUUGAGUUGGCGCCUAAAACGCGAUGAAAUGCGAAAUAGUUCAACUUGCCCGCCAGAAGAAGCCGGUGCAGGCGGACUUCGGCUCCGGCGAGAUUCGAGCCCAGGAUCGGUGAUGUGUCUGGCGAAGGCAGGACAACGGAGCGGUGGCUCCUUUUUGUCGACUGAUAAACUCAACGGCCUACUGACAAGAUUAAAAUUCGCUCACUGUCCUGUCGGGGGGUGGGGCGGGGUGAAAGUGUGUUCAUGGGCCUGGGGUGGAUCGAGUAAACGGUCGAGACGGUCACGGUCGCCCGGACAACCUCGUCUCGCUAAUCCGCUCACGGGAGGGGCUUGUCUCCGCGACCACGGCGAGGCCGCGGUGACACAACCUGUCACUCGAUCGCCUCCAUUCACCCACCAACAAAGUCGUCUCGUGUCGUGUUGCCGCGGAUUGAGCCGACAAGUGGCUUGUUCGGCUGUCCGGUCCAACGUCGGUGACGGACAAAACGUCCAAACGACAACUUCAACAACUCACCAGCAGGCCUCUUCGCAAAGACCACCCUUCUCUGUGUCGAGGACAAUGCGACCAGGCCAACAUCCGGUUGUCACGGCUGCAGUCUAG